CCAGCUCCUCCUCCUCCUCCUCCAGCCCUUGUGUGGGACUCCAUUUUCCCAGCCCCAAAGUCUCCAAGGAAGGGGCCGUGGGAGCGAACAUCCAAGAUGGAAUAGGACCGAGUCUUUCUUCCACGUCGCCCUUGCGUCGCGCUCGCUGCCAACAUAGGAUAUACGUCUUUUUGUGUGUGCGUGUGUGUGCCGCGUGUGAACAAUUUGCCUGGUGCUUUGCCAAGAAUGGAUGACCAAGGGAGGCUGAUCCAAGCUCGGGGGGCAGUGGGGCUCACGGGCCACCCCCCGGUCCAAGGAGUCCAGACCAUGACCCCCCACUCUCUCCACGAGCCCCCCUCGGAUAACGGAGAGCCCCGGAAACAAGACAUCGGCGAUAUCCUCCAGCAGAUCAUGACCAUCACCGACCAAAGCUUGGACGAAGCGCAGGCAAAGAAACAUGCUCUGAAUUGCCAUCGCAUGAAACCAGCCCUAUUCACCGUACUCUGUGAAAUCAAAGAAAAAACAGGACUGAGCAUCCGAAGUUCACAGGAAGAAGAACCGGUGGACCCCCAGCUGAUGCGCCUGGACAAUAUGCUUCUUGCCGAGGGGGUGGCUGGCCCCGAGAAGGGUGGUGGUUCGGCUGCUGCCGCAGCAGCUGCGGCAGCAGCAGGAGGAGUAUCUCCGGAUAACUCAAUCGAGCACUCUGACUAUCGCAACAAGCUCUCUCAGAUCCGCCAGAUCUACCACUCGGAGCUGGAGAAGUAUGAACAGGCCUGCAACGAGUUCACAACACACGUGAUGAACCUGCUUCGGGAACAGAGCCGCACACGCCCCGUUUCGCCCAAGGAGAUCGAGCGUAUGGUCAGCAUCAUCCAUCGCAAAUUCAGCUCUAUCCAGAUGCAGCUGAAGCAGAGCACGUGUGAGGCUGUCAUGAUCCUGCGCUCCCGCUUCCUGGAUGCCAGGCGGAAGCGACGCAAUUUCAGCAAACAGGCCACAGAGGUGCUGAACGAAUACUUCUAUUCGCACCUGAGCAACCCGUAUCCCAGUGAGGAGGCCAAGGAGGAGCUUGCCAAGAAAUGCGGCAUCACAGUCUCACAGGUCUCAAACUGGUUCGGGAACAAGCGCAUCCGCUAUAAGAAGAACAUCGGCAAGUUCCAAGAGGAAGCCAAUAUUUACGCCGUGAAAACGGCUGUCAGCGCCGCGCAGAGUGGGGGCGACUCCCCCAACACCCCCUCCUCCGCGGGCUCUGGUGGAUCCUUCAACCUCUCCAGCUCCGGGGAUAUGUUCAUGGGCCUACAAGGCCUGAAUGGGGACUCCUAUCCUACAUCACAGGUGGAAUCGAUGCGUCACUCCAUGGGGCCAGGUGGCUACGGGGACAGUAUGGCUGCCAGCCAGAUGUACAGCCCACGAGAAAUGAGGGCCAACGGUGGCUGGCAAGAAGCAGCCACCCCAUCCUCCGUGACCUCCCCAACAGAAGGUCCUGGCAGCGUCCACUCCGACACCUCCAACUGAUCCUGUUCUGCCAUGCGCCUCCCCUCUCCCCCCCAGCUCACCUGUCUUGUCCCUCCUGGCUCCAGGGGAGAAGGCCAGUGCCAAGCUAGACUGGGCAGGGAAAGCCACCUCUUCUCUGCCAAGGGAAUAACUGCAUCACAGUGCCAGGAAGGGGAUGGGGAGGGAAUCCAUUGUGGCACCGCUUGGGAUUCACGGUGGCAGCACUCCAUGGGGAAGAUCGUUCAGGUGCAACCAUUGUGGCCCGGCAUGGUCACCUUUCCGUGAUCCUGAAUGGCGCCUUUUAGAAACUACGAUGCAACUCUAGAAAUGGUGACGGGGACCCAAUAUAGUCACAUCGGUGGGUGGUGGGUGGGAGGGAAGGGGAAUCCCAAAUGGCGUAUCUAGUUGGAGGGGUUGGGGAGGGGGGAGACGAGCCAGUGUGGUACCUGCAACUUGAUAGCGUCUGGUGGAGCAGUCUCAUAGGUAAUGCCUGCCUGAGGAGGACCCAAGGUGGCAUCUCAUUGCGUACUAUGGGAUGCAGUUCAAGAUGGCAACACAGCAGGGUCACUCAGUAGUAGGAUGGUCAAAAUCGUUUGCCUAAUAAGGCUUCAGUUGGCAUCUCUCCAUGACGGGAUGAUUCCAAGAUGGCAAAUUGUGGUCUCUUCAUGUCAAGAUGAAAAAAAGGAAAAACAAUCAGAGAUGUGGACCCUAUCCAGACCCAAGAUAAGAUCUCCUCCAGUGGUGGUAAUCAAAGACAUUAUCCCACAAAAGAUACUGCUUUUCCUCAGUCUUGAUGAAAGAUUUUGUGGAACCAAGGUGAUAUUUUUACCUAGGGCGAAGAAUCCAAUGUGCAUUUCUACAGGCAUCGUUUCUCGGGAGCAUCUAAGAUGGACACUGUUUGAAUGGGAAAGGGGAUGUCUCUGAGAGGUGUCGUCUUUAAAAAGAAGCUCCGUCGGGUCAAGAGAGCACUCCUCUGUUAGACAGUGGAACAGAUGGCAUCUUAUCACAGGACAGUGGUGGUGGGUUUUGAAGAUGGCAGAUCAAGGUACUGGGUAGGGGGGGAAUGUUGAUAAGCACAAAUUUCUUAUCUCCUUCUGUACUGACUGGGCUGAUAGCUUAAAAAUAAGUUAGGGGAGCAGCCAAGCGACGAAGGGAGCCAAGCUCAGUUCAAAUCUCACAUGCUGUAGCACGGCUGUGUCUUCUGUUUCCCAUUAUGGUUGAGAGUUACACUUUUUUUAGGUCUCUGAUUUCUGUUCUUCCUUCUCUUCCUCUCUUCAGUUCAGUUUACCCCGUUGCAAUAAUUUCUUAUUGUCUAGGUUCUUUCUGAAAUUUUUUUUGCCACUUCUCAUUUUUUCUAAUUUGUAAUUUCCUUUCAUUUUCUCCAUCACACUCCCAAUCUAGAGGCUUUUCUGUCUCAUCAAAUGAAGCACAAUCAGCCAAAUUCACAGACUGCAUGGUAUGCUUGGGCAGGCCCCCAUCCGCAAUAACACCAGGGCUUUUUUUCUGGGAAAAGGGGUGGUAGAACUCAGUGAUUUGCCC